GAAACAGAUUUCUAGUAAAUGAUAGUGAGACUAAUAAGUUAAGCCUUUUUUUUACUUUAUGGAAAAAAUGAAGAAAAAUAAAUAUAUAAACAUGUAUUAUGCUAAAACUUGGGUUGAAACUAUAGGUUGAGGGACGAGAAUAAAGAUUCUUUGAAGGACGUCAAAUCAGAAAUUGCAGUGUAAUGCAUUUCUUCAAAUAAAAAAAACUCCUUAGCACUUCGAGUUCCCUCCUGCCAGUUACGUAUAAGUCUACUAUGACCUGGGGUAUUCAUGAGGUCUAACUGGAAGCAUUUAUUCUUGAAUAUUUGCCAAUGAAAUAAAAACUGAGUAUAUAUCAAAGAGUAGGAAGACCAUUUCCUUUGAUAUAUUUCGAAAUCCUGAAAAUAUUUAUCAAUGGUUUCAUUUGAAAUGUCAGUUGGUAACUGGGGAGGAACUGGAGCUUUAAUUUGAGGGAAGGUUGGUGGAUUAGGAAGUAAUUGAGUUAUUUCGUCUUCAAAUUCUUCUUCCCUUUCUAAAGAACGUAAAACAUUUUGAAGCUCAUUAUGGUAUUCGGAUGAUGAGGAAACAGAAUUAGCGGAAUCGGGAGGCUUUAAAAAGUCAUCUUGGUUUUCUACUAUUUUUCCCACUGCUAUGUGAUUAGGAUGAUAGCUCGAAAUCGACCUAAAAUCGGUUGAGAUGGAGGUCGGACGAUGGUGACGGACAUUGUGUUUAUAAUGCUGAGGUAAACGAGGAGAUGGAGAAAGAGAUUUGAGCGGAGACGAAAAUGAUUCAGGACUUUUCGGAGGUCUAGGAUGUGAUAAAGGUUUUUCUUGAUCAGGAUAUGAAAAUUGUGAAUGAGAACUUGAAGCAGAAAUAGGAGAACGAGUAUAAGAGGUACUAUCAGAUUUAGGAGUUGAACUGAAUGAUCGUCGCUUUUCUCGUAAAGAUUCUAAAUAAAGCUUUGCCUCAAACUUGGAGAGAGGUUGAAAUCGGUUGUUAGCAUUAGUAUUAUUUGCUGAAUUUCGCUCACGGGAGCUGUCAUUUGGGGAGAAGUUUAAUCCUUUCUGAUCUUCAUGGUUUAUUACUUGAAUUGGACUAGAGAUGGGAGUCCUCAUGAGAUACGACGACGAAUAUCUCUGUCUAUCAGAGGACGACGAAGGACGGUACGGAGAUCCAUAUACGCGUUCAUUACCUAAAUCACCCUUUCUUUUAUUUUUGGAAAAGUAUUCUGAAACUUUUGAGCUCACUUUUGAUGUUAUAUUAGGGUUCUUUCUAUUCGGAGAAGUACUAUCUGUUUUUUUAGGGCGAAACCGUGACAAUCCAUCUAACCUUCCCAGUUCUAAAAGCCGUUUUUGAUCAUAUAAUUCCCGUAAUUUUCCAUCUCGUAAAACUUCGUGUGCUCGUUGAAUCAACUGAAAGUGUGGAAUCACGUCCUGCUCUCGACCUGGAUUUCUGUCAGGAUGGAAACGUAAAACUAGUUUUAAAUAUUGCUGACGGAUUUGAACAUAAUCACUUGUACUUUCGAUUCCUAAUACAUCGUAGUAGUCAAUGAAUUCUUCUGAGAACGCAGACCCGGUCAUGUCUCAUGUCCUGUUAAGGUACUACGUAUUUAAAGAUAAGUGCUUUAUAGAAGCUUUUACGGAUUUGUAUCUAAGGGUUUUCUAUUAAAACCCUCGAUAAAUAACAAGGAUGUGAAUAACCAAAAGUAGUUUUUUUCACGGCCUACAAAUAAUUUCAGAUUUCAGAAAUUAAAAAAAACUAAAAAAAUGAUCUUGUAUGAAUGCAGUAAGAAAGGAGUUAAAAUGUUCAAUCUUCUUUACUUUCUUAAAUAUGGUCGAGUGACCUCGAAAAACUAAUGACAACGCUAGUAAAUGUCUGAAGUCUGAGGAUAUUGAGGGCCAAUUUCUUUACGUGUUAUAGGAUUUACAGAAGACCUUACGAAUACGAAAAUCAAAAUUUUUCAAAAGAAUAUGGUUAAUAGCAUUUUGUGUAUUCACUGAGAAAGAUUGAUAAAGAAGGUGAUGAAUUGGGCAUUAAAAAAGUUGCAUGGCAAGGAUAUUAAGUUUGAUAUCAAAGUACAAUUAUAAUUUAUAAGAAACGUUGCUAUUUACCUUGAAUAGAAUUCAUACUCUGCUUGUCUAAAUGGAAAGCCAAACGGAAAUUCAUAAUACUAAAGCAAACAAUCACAAUGAACAAGAGAUUCUACCCUCUUCUUCACAGUUCAUCAGAGAAAAUACGGAAGGUGAUCUAAUUAGAACAGGUAAUGACUAUACGCUAAAAAAAUCCUGUACGAAAAUUCGAUCGGUUCUGAGUAACCUCAUUUCAAUUCUGGAAGAAAAAAUCAAGAAUGCAAAGUUAGAUGCUGUCAGAGAGUCACGUGAAUUGCGCUUAAAUGAACUCCUGCUUUCUGAUUCCUCCAUAGGUGACAUUUGGCUUGGCCUAAGUUUUCUUUUCCAUAAUGUCUGGGACUCAGCUAUGUCCCUGAUGGAUUCUAAUGUUUUGUAUCCUACAAAUUCGUCAUAUCAGCUUUGGGAAUGCACCCUUGAAACAGGCAAAGUACUACAUUUGAACUUACAUAUAUGGCAUUGUAAUUGUCCACAGUUUACAUAUAAUGCCUUUAAAAAUCCCCACACAUUUCUCCAAGAAAAAUAUCAUAAAAAAUGGGAUCGCUGGGGAGGCAAAUGCGUAUCACAGCAUCCUCCGUAUUGUGUACAUCUUUUAGCAGCAAGUCUUUAUGCGACUUGCCGAAGUAUAAUGUGAACACUAAAGUGCAAACGCAAUGAUCUUAAUUUAUUUUCUUCGCUAAUGUCUAAGUUUCACGCACAAAUAUUCAUUCAUUUCGAAAUUUC